AAUGGGGAGGUUGCUAUGAUGCAGACUGGUGAGGGCUGUGAAUGUUAGGAGAAGGUGGCAGGACUUGAGCCAGGAUGGACAGGGCACUAUCUAAGUGCUUAAGAGGACUGUGGUUUAGGAGCAGGAGUAGAGGUUAGGCCUAGACCAGGUUCAAGGUGAGGUCCUCAGGUCCAUGAGUAAGUGUGCAUGGAGCCCUCAACUUUGGGCUUCUGCUGGCUAUGUCCUUAAUCCCUGCUCCAAUCUGCCCCCAGGGCUGGCCAUUCUGUUCCUGGCACCUGUGGAAUGCAUAGUGGACAAACCGAACAAUAGAAUUCCUGGAAGUCAGAGGUGGCACCCUAGCCCCCUCUGGGCCAGGUUGGUCUUACCUAUGUAGCAGAUGAGAGAGUGUGGUCCCUUUGGAAGCAUGUUUACAAAUCUUUUGGGCCCAUGAGGGAACAGGGCUAUAAUUCCUCUGAACACAACUUCUUCAUGUGGCUGUGACCCUCUGAACUUUGAAGUGGAGAUGACUAUAGGUGUGUCUUCCUUGGGGACCUGCAGACCCUCAGAGGGCUACAGGCCUGACCUAAGGAGUGGGUUGUUCAUGCUGAUAUUUCUCUAGACCCUUAUCUGCCAAGAGUAGAGGCCGUCAGGGCACACUUAGAGAGGUGGGCAGGCCUCCACGUGGCCCUUGCCAAGGCCAGACCUCACAUGGCUCUAUUUCGGUGUUCAGCCUGAGCCAGUGGGGGCCAGAGGGCUGGAUGCUUUCAAGGUCAUACAGAGGAACAGUGAACUUUCUUGUGGCAGGCUAGCUAAGGGAGGUCCUGGCUGACGUAGCAGCCACUCUCUGAAGAAAACUUGAUCUGCAAAGAGCAGAUGGACAGCAGGAGCUGGCUGAGGCCCCAAAAGAGGCUCUGAGUCACACUGGCCUCUUUUCCUCACUUGUUUUCUCUGACCCUUGGCUGAGGGGCAGUUGGGGAACACUCCACAGGUACGAGGCCCUUGGCUGCUCUGUAUUUGUGGACCUCUUAGGAAACGUAUCCUGGUGGGGGCUAGGAGGACAGAGGAUGGAGGGCUCCCUUGGCUUGGACGUCUUGUUCUCAAGAAUGUGGUCAAUGGCCUGAUCAUGGUGGUCACCCAACUGAAUCUGGAGCUUCGCUUUCAAGGCAAGAAGCUGCGAGGCUUCAGCUGUGAGCUCACCCGGUCAUCCCACGGGGUCUUCCCUGAGACUGCCUUCACCAUCAUAUGCCAGAUCAUGGUGCCCCUUCUGCUCUCAGGACUGGGCAUGAUGACUGCUGGCCUGGUGAUGAGCACCAUCCAACACUGGCCAGCAUUUGUGGAGAUUAAAGACCUGUUGACAUUGGUGCCCCCCUUAGUGGGCCUGAAGGGGAACCUGGAGAUGACACUGGCGUCACGACUCUCCACAGCUGCCAACACUGGACAAAUCGAUGACCCCCAGGAGCAACACAGAAUCAUCAGCAGUAACCUUGCCCUCAUUCAGGUGCAGGCCACCGUCGUGGGUCUCCUGGCUGCUAUGGCUGCCCUGCUGCUGGGAGCUGUGUCUAGGGGGGAAUUAGACUUUGCCACGGUCAAAUUGCUGUGUGCCAGCAGUGUCAGCACUGCCUUCCUUGCGGCCUUUGCACUUGGAGUACUGAUGGUCUGUAUAGUGAUUGGUGCUCGAAAGCUUGGGGUCAACCCAGACAAUAUCGCCACACCCAUUGCAGCCAGCCUGGGAGACCUUAUCACGUUGUCCAUUCUGGCUUUUGUUAGCAACUUCUUCUAUAAACACAAAGACAAUCAGUUUCUGGCUCCACUGGUUUGCAUUGGCUUCAUGGCCUUGACCCCAGUCUGGGUCCUCAUUGCAAAGCAGAACCCACCCAUCAUGAAGAUCCUAAAGUUCGGGUGGUUCCCAAUCAUCCUAGCAAUGGUGAUCAGCAGUUUCGGAGGGCUCAUCUUGAACAAAACCAUUUCUAAAGAGCAGUACAAAGGAAUGGCCAUAUUUACUCCCAUCAUAUGUGGUGUUGGUGGCAAUCUGGUGGCCAUUCAGACCAGCCGGAUCUCCACCUAUCUGCACAUGUGGAGCACACCUGGGGUCCUACCCCUCUGGAUGAAAAAAAUCUGGCCUAACCCAUGCUCCACUUUCUGUACUUCAGAAAUCAAUUCCAUGUCAGCUCGAGUUCUGAUCUUUCUGGUGAUUCCGGGCCAUCUGAUUUUCUUCUAUGUUAUCUACCUGGUGGAAGGCCGUUCGGUCCCAAACAGCAAGAUCUUUGUGGCAUUCUAUCUGCUAGCUGGCCUGAUCCAGGUGACAGUCCUGCUGUACCUGGCAGAAGUGAUGGCUCGGCUGAUGUGGCACCAGGCCCUGGAUCCUGACAACCACUGUAUCCCUUACCUCACAGGGCUAGGGGACCUCCUAGGGACUGGCCUCCUAGCUCUCUGUUUUCUUAUCAGCUGGUUAUUGCAGAGUGAAGCAGAACUGGAUAGAAUUUCAGGAUCAGCAUCUGGACCUUCCUAAUGAGACCAGGCAGUUCCAGUUAGUCAAUAAAAUUUUUCCUCACACCAAUGGGGUACAGAAUACAGUUCCUCUUUGGCUGGAUCCUUAGGUCUCCCUGCCUCUAAAGUGGCCCUAUGUCAAUCAGCUAAGGAGACUCUGACCCAUACACUUUGACCCUGGCAUUGGAAACUGAGUCUAUGAUGGAGCCUAAAAUUAGAAGCACUCUUUGUUUGUGAAUGUGACUGCGUGUGUCUACCUGCUAGACAAGCCUGUGAAUGAGUGCACAUAUGUGUAGACAGCAGGGUACUGAGGCCUAAAGAUCCUGAAGGAAGAGGCAUGUCCAGUGCACUUUGGGGGAUGUGUGGCCCUGUUUCAUGCAAUGCAGCCCACUGGGGUAAAGCAGGAAAAAGAUCCACAUGUGCCCAAGCUUUAGGACUCCCUGAACCUUGGCUUAACUGCUAUCUUCACCAGGUCCAGCUCCAUGGGCCAUUUUUGGUGUGCCCUGCAAAUACGUGCAGCCCUUCCUAGAAUGGGGCCUUACACAUCCCCUCAUCUGCUCCCAGCUGUUACUGUUGUCACUGUUUUUUUUUUACCUCUUUCUCUUUUCUUUCUUUUUAUUUUUUCUCUAAGAAAAAACCUCUGUUUAGAUUUUAAUGGUCAGAAAAGUAUAAAAUAAAGCAUAGAAUAUGUUACAUUUGGCAUUUUCUAUUUGUAAAAAUAUUAAUGUAGCCAUGAGAUUUGGAUCUAUGUGUAAUAGAAACCUCAGGCAUUUCUCUAGUGCAAUGUUUAUCAUAACUGUAGCCUCCAAGCCUAGAAGAAUCAACAUUACCAGAGAACUUGUUAGUGAUGCAGAUUAUAAAUCUUCCCUUUCCCCAUAGCCAGCAAUGCUUAACCAGCCCUCCAGGUGGUUCUGAUACACUCUUUUAUUUGAGAACCACUGCACCAGAACUCUGUUUAAAAAAAAA